CAAAUAUUGAUUAUUUCAGUUUCUCUCUUGUUUAUCGUCGUCAACGAAACACUCAGCAUUUUCUACGUUGUGACAAUUUCAUCGAAAGCAGGGUUCUACGCAUCGCUUCGAAUUUGGAAACAUGGGCGACCGAUCAAGAGAUAGGACGACGAGAGUGUACGUCGGAGGGCUCACCGAAUCGAUAAAAAAAGAAGACCUAGAAGGGGAGUUCGAGAAAUACGGCAAGCUAAACUCUGUUUGGGUAGCCUUCAACCCUCCAGGUUUCGCUUUCAUCGAGUUUAACAACCAUACCGAUGCUGAAACUGCCUGCGAUAACUUGAAUGGUACAGAAUUCCUGGGUGCCAAACUUAGGGUUGAAAUUGCAAAGGGAAGACCACGACGUGGAGGCCCCCGGGGCGGUUUCAGAGGCAGUAGAGGAAGCAGAGGCAGAAGGUUCGACAGCUUCGAAGGCAGAGUCGAGCGUCGUUUCGACAGCAGAGGCGGCGGAGGUCGCUUUGGUGGUAGAAGCUUUGAUAGAAGAAGAGACUUUCCCCAAGGAAUGGUUAUGGUGGCAGUGGACCAAGAGGCAGCCGUGGAGGUGGUCGCUUUAACGACAGAUUCAGGUCCAGAUCACCAAACAUGGGACCACCAAGACGUAGGGAUUAAGGUUUUUAUUUUGUAAGUUAUAUUUGUAGAUGUUAGUGUGUCAAGUGGUUUCAAAAGUCCAUUAGUAUAUUUUCAGUCUCAUUUUAUGAGGCUAAAUUAUAAUUUACAGUCAAGUACCAUUUCACUAUGUGAAAGAAAUAUUUUGUAACAAAUUUAGAUAUCAUAUUUGCAAAUUUACUAUAAAAUAUAGCAUCUUUUUGGAUUAAUGUUCUGAAUUUUGAAGUUUUACUAAAUAUAUGUACAAUUUGUAUUGUACAGUCUUGAUUCAAUGUAUUUUUCUGAAGCUAUUUUCUUAUGACCUGUUGAUACAAUUUACUAUUUUUACUGGGAAUGAGCCAUAAUUUUACUUUAAAGUUUAUUUUUAUGUUUUGUCAAAAUGAAGUUAUUUUAGUAAAACUGUGGCUUAUUAAGAGUAAAUGUUGUAAGUUGAUUCAAUGUAUAGUCAAUUGGUGUUCUUUGUAAAAAGCCUAAAAGAUUAUAUCACUUUUUAAAACUAUUGUGAAAUAUUUGUUUGGUUAGUUGUGAGAAGAGUUUAAUCUUCGCAUAAUGUUAAUUAUAACUUCGCUGAAAAAGUUUAAAAAAUAACUUGAAAUUUGCCGUUAGUACUGAAAUCAACAAAAAAAUCUAACAAUAAUAUCAAAUUCACUUAAUCAACAAACUAAAGAACAAACAUUCAAUUUCAACUGUUAUUUGUUUUAUAUAAAAUAUGUUGUAUACUGUUAAUAAAAUUCCUUAAUAAUCAGAUUUGGAAAAUUACGAUUUCUUCACUAGGUAAUCUGAUGUUAAUUGAUUAGAUUCUACAAGCAUCUAGCCAAAAGAUCUCUUCAAAGAAACAAUAUUGUAACAGAGGUUGGUGAAGCUGUCAAAUAUAUUAAUUCGAAUUUAUUUGUAGCUUAUGAAAGGGUUAAUCAAAUGCAUAUUUCCUUAAUAAUAAAAUUAAGCUCAAAUUUUAAUAUACUUUUAUUUACAUUUGUUUUAUAUAAUGUGUAACCAGAUAAUGUAAAAUUUGGGCUUUCUUAUUCAUCCUAUUUUUUAUUAUUGACUUGUAUAUAUUUGAAAAAAAAAUUGUGGGUACAGUACCACAUUAUUUACGAAAAAAUGAAACUUUGUAGACUCUUUAACUAGCAAAUGUGACUUGCCAAAAUAUGUAUAUUUUGCCAGGGAUAUUUUCUAAAGUUUUUUUUCCAGAGGUAGUACUUUGUAAAUAAUGUAGUAUUUCAAACAAAAGUUAAUUUUAUAGGUUUUCAAUCUAUAUCAGUUUAUUGUAAUUAUAUCAAUUUUCAUAAGUUAUUAAUUAGAAUAGUAAUUUAAUCUGUAAUCAGUUCUAUAAAUAGUUGGUUGAUUCCUUCAAAUAUUGAAACUAUCAAAUGUUAACAUUUUCAACUAUAAAUAAACCACUCUUUUACCAGCAGUUAACUGAUUACUGAUUAAUUAACAAAUAAUCAACAUUGCACUUAUCUUUUAAAAUGAGACUGAUUGGUUCUUAAGUUAUUCUAGAGUAGGCAUUUUUUUAUUUCGUAGUUUUGUGACUGCUAAUGGACUAAACCAAGAUUUUCUUUAAGUGUAUUUUUUAAGCGUUUUACUAAAUAAGACCAUGUAAGUUUGUUCUGAUCUGGUAACAUACUCUGUAAGGCUGUUUUGGAUUUAUUUUUAUAUUACUAGAUUUCAUUGUAUACAAAAAAAGGAUAAGAAUCUUUCAAAUAGAGUUGUGCUGUUUUUUAUAUAUUGGAUACACCUCAAUAAUUUGUAUUUUGUUUUGUUUACAUUAACAUCAAAAUGGUACUUAUAACAAUAAAUUAUAAAAUAGGAA